AUUCAAAUAAAGCAAAUUUUUGAAUGUGAAUUAAAGAUUAUUUUUGUUAGGUUGUUGGUGUUUGUGUCUGUCUUAGUUUCAGUGUCUGUUGGUGUGCAAGGGUCUAGCACAGGACCGCCAGUAUGUGCCCUGAUGCCCGGGCACCAUGUGGAACCUCUGAAACGGGAUUGGAAAAAACUAUUUAAAGUUGAAUUCUUCCCGAUUCAUGAGAGCGAGCUCUCCUGCAGGAAUAAUUGUGAGAAAAAAUCUCCGAACGGAUUGUACAUUAUUAUCAGCGCCAUCCCACAACUUGACUCUCCACUUCCGCAUUUUAUCAAGGGUGCCUCUUGUAUGGUGAUAAAGAAGCCUGAUGAUAAAGGACAUGACCCUAUUGAGUUCCCAUACAUAAAUAGAAACCUUAAACUUAAGAAACUGGACUGCCCGAACGGAGAACUCAUGUUGGGUCAUAGGGAUGCCAGUAACAAGGAGACGGUCAGCUUCUUUAUUAAGAACAAUCUACACUAUGAAGAGAAAAAGGAACAGAGGUUUAGAUGUACUCUUGUCACCGAGUAAGAUUUUUUAUUAAGAUAU